GUCUGAAGGGGGCAGCAGUGAGGCUUCAGAGGAUCAUCUAUCACACAGGGCAGCAUUGAGUCUGUCUUCAGAGGAUCAUCUAUCACACAGGACAGCAGUGAGUCUGCCUUCAGAGGAUCAUCUAUCACAGCGGAGCGGCUGGACGGAGGCGACCCUGGAACCGGAUGAAUCCGUUCCUCUGCUAGAUGUUCUGAAGUUGAAGGAGACAUUAAAGUAAUCAACCUUGCGGUGGAAGAGCUGUUCUGCUAACCAGAGAUCUGCAGGGUAACAUUUUUAGAGGACACGGUUCUGCUGCUCUCGACAGGCGAUCGUCAUCUCCCGGCUAACCAUCAGUUGAUUGGAAAGGGUUCAUCUAAGGGCUCCUCUGAUCGGGUUAGCAGUCCGGUUAGCACCGACCAGACCCCCACUCCUGGUAGAGAGCGGACAGAUCUCCACCAUGGAGAACGCUCACAUCAAGAGCGUGGAAGAAGUUUACUCUCAUUUCUGCGUCAAUGAGAGCACAGGACUGGGCUCCGAGCAGGUGAAGAAGCUGAAGGAGAGAUGGGGCCUCAAUGAGCUGCCGGCAGAGGAAGGAAAAUCUUUAUGGGAACUUGUGGCUGAACAGUUUGAGGACUUACUGGUUCGGAUUCUCCUGCUGGCAGCAUGCAUAUCCUUUGUCUUGGCCUGGUUCGAGGAGGGAGAGGAAACCAUAACAGCCUUCGUGGAGCCUUUUGUCAUCUUACUUAUUCUCAUAGCCAACGCCAUCGUCGGUGUCUGGCAGGAGCGCAACGCGGAGGACGCCAUCGAGGCGCUGAAGGAGUACGAGCCGGAGAUGGGGAAGGUGUACCGGCAGGACCGCAAGACGGUCCAGAGGAUCAAGGCCAAGGACAUCGUCCCCGGGGACAUCGUGGAGGUCGCUGUUGGAGACAAGGUCCCUGCAGACAUCCGUCUCUCUUCCAUCAAGUCCACAACGCUGAGGGUGGACCAGUCCAUCCUGACGGGUGAAUCCAUCUCUGUGAUCAAACACACUGACCCGGUGCCGGACCCCCGGGCCGUCAACCAGGACAAGAAGAACAUGCUCUUCUCCGGCACCAACAUCGCGGCCGGCAGGGCGGUCGGCGUGGCGGUGGCCACGGGCGUCAACACGGAGAUCGGGAAGAUCCGCGACGAGAUGGCGGCCACGGAGCAGGAGAAGACGCCGCUGCAGCAGAAGCUGGACGAGUUCGGCGAGCAGCUGUCCAAGGUGAUCACGCUCAUCUGCAUCGCCGUGUGGAUCAUCAACAUCGGCCACUUCAGCGACCCGGUGCACGGCGGCUCCUGGAUCCGCGGCGCCGUCUACUACUUCAAGAUCGCCGUGGCGCUGGCGGUGGCGGCCAUCCCCGAGGGCCUGCCCGCCGUCAUCACCACCUGCCUGGCGCUGGGCACGCGGCGCAUGGCCAAGAAGAACGCCAUCGUCCGCUCGCUGCCCUCUGUGGAGACGCUGGGCUGCACCUCUGUCAUCUGCUCGGACAAGACGGGCACCCUGACCACCAACCAGAUGUCGGUCUGCAGGAUGUUCAUCAUGAACCAGGCGCCCGCGGCCGAGGGCUCCCUGACGGAGUUCACCAUCACGGGCUCCACCUACGCCCCCGAAGGAGACGUGUACCACGAUGAUAAACUGGUUAAAAGCUCCCAGUAUGAUGCUCUGGUGGAGCUGGCCACAAUCUGCGCUCUGUGCAACGACUCGUCCCUGGACUUCAACGAGGCCAAAGGAGUGUACGAGAAGGUCGGCGAGGCCACCGAGACCGCCCUGACCUGUCUGGUGGAGAAGAUGAACCCCUUUGACACGGAGGUCCAGAACCUGUCCAAGAUCGACCGAGCAAUGGCCUGCAACUCUGUCAUCAAGCAGCUGAUGAAGAAGGAGUUCACCUUGGAGUUCUCCAGGGAUCGCAAGUCCAUGUCGGUCUUCUGCACUCCCAACAAGUCCCGCUCCUCCCUGGGCAAGAUGUUUGUCAAGGGGGCCCCAGAAGGCGUGAUCGACCGCUGCACCCACGUGCGCGUGGGCACCAAUAAGGUCCCGCUCACCCCGGCCAUCAAGGAGAAGGUGCUGGCCACCAUUCGGGACUACGGGACAGGCCGGGACACGCUGCGCUGCCUGGCGCUGGCCACCCGGGACACCCCCCCCAAAGUGGAGGACAUGAACCUGACGGAGACCGCCAAGUUCGCCUCCUAUGAGUCGGACCUGACCUUCGUGGGCUGCGUGGGCAUGCUGGACCCCCCCCGCCAGGAGGUGGCGGCCUCCAUCAAGCUUUGUCGCCAGGCGGGCAUCCGCGUCAUCAUGAUCACCGGGGACAACAAGGGCACGGCCGUGGCCAUCUGCCGCCGCAUCGGCAUCCUGCCGGCGACGGGCGACGUGGACCACCUGGCCUUCACCGGCCGCGAGUUCGACGACCUGUCGCUGGCCGCCCAGCGCGACGCCGUCACCAACGCCUGCUGCUUCGCCCGCGUCGAGCCCUCGCACAAGUCCAAGAUCGUGGAGUUCCUGCAGGGCUUCGACGAGAUCACCGCCAUGACCGGUGACGGCGUGAACGACGCCCCGGCCCUGAAGAAGGCGGAGAUCGGCAUCGCCAUGGGCUCCGGGACCGCCGUGGCCAAGUCGGCCUCGGAGAUGGUCCUCGCCGACGACAACUUCAGCUCCAUCGUAGCGGCGGUGGAGGAGGGCCGUGCCAUCUACAACAACAUGAAGCAGUUCAUCAGAUACCUCAUCUCCUCCAACGUGGGCGAGGUGGUCUGCAUCUUCCUUACGGCGGCGCUGGGCUUCCCCGAGGCCCUGAUCCCCGUCCAGCUGCUGUGGGUUAACCUGGUGACGGACGGCCUGCCCGCCACCGCGCUGGGCUUCAACCCCCCCGACCUGGACAUCAUGGACCGGCCCCCCCGCAACGCCAAGGAGCCCCUCAUCUCCGGCUGGCUCUUCUUCAGAUACCUGGCCAUUGGAGGUUACGUGGGGGCUGCUACGGUCGGAGCCGCUGCCUGGUGGUUCACGGUGGCGUCAGACGGCCCGCAGGUCUCCCUGUACCAGCUGAGCCACUUCCUCCAAUGCUCGGCGGACAACCCUGACUUCGAGGGCCUGGACUGCCACGUGUUUGAGUCGCCGUACCCGAUGACCAUGGCCCUGUCCGUGCUGGUCACCAUCGAGAUGUGCAACGCCCUGAACAGUCUGUCUGAGAACCAGUCCCUGCUGCGCAUGCCGCCCUGGGAAAACGUGUGGCUGCUGGGGGCCAUCUGCCUCUCCAUGUCUCUGCACUUCCUCAUCCUCUACGUGGAGCCGCUGCCCGUCAUCUUCCAGAUCACGCCCCUGGACGCCACCCAGUGGGUGAUGGUGCUGAAGAUCUCCCUGCCCGUCAUCCUGCUGGACGAGGUCCUCAAGUUCAUGGCCAGGAACUAUCAGGAAUCUGGUAAACAGCUGGACGAGCCGGCGGCUAAGGGCCGCCCACUGUGUGCAUGCGUGGAGGGCGUGUCCUGGCCCUUCGUGGCCAUCUGCCUCCCCCUGGUGGUGUGGCUUUACAGCAUCGACACUAACGCCACCGCCAUGUUUUGGCCCUGAGUGACUCCCUGCUGGUCCACCCCUCACCUCCCUCCGCCCUGUGCACCUGUGUGACGUGGACAUUAACACACACACACACACACACACACACACACACACACACACACACACACACACACACACACACACACACACACACACACACACACACACACACACACACACACACACACACACACACACACACACACACACACACACACACACACACACACACACACACAACUACUCCUACACACACACACACACACACACACUCUGUUUGUUAACCCCACCAUUUCAUUAACUUGGAACACCAACUGCAUCAACCUGAGUUUCAGGUCUUGUGUCGUUUUUAGUUUUUUGUAUCAAGGACAUUUUCACAUUCCAUGUUUUUUUUAUUCUUUUUUGGUUUUUCUAUUUAAGACGUUUGCUCAAGGUCCAUCAUUACAAUCACAUGAAGCCUUUCUUUGUUUUCACCUUUUGUUCAAGAAGCACAGAGGGCCGGCUGUCAUCACCUGUACAGAGAAUUUACACUAUUUUAGGAUUCAAGUUUUUGUAAUUUUUGGGAAGGCUUUGAGGGAACGUGAGUUGUGGCUUCCGUGAUCAUGAUCAUUUUGGACAUUAAAGUUAAAAUAGUUGAUGGACUCUUUAAUUCAGUCUAGGAUGCAGAGGGAGGCUUAACUACGUAAAGAUGAAUAACUAUCGCCCUGGGCAUGAACCACUAGCCGCUACCCCUUAUUGUUUUAGCUCUGAAUCAUGGUCCUCUUGUUGUCUGCGUCGGGCAGAGCACAGCUACCUCAAUGCUGUUGAUGUGACUGUAACCAUCCUUUAUUUUGAACAGCCUUUUCUUCUCAUAUCGAUUGUUGAGGGACGCGCCAAUUUGCUUUUGUAAAUUAGACACAGCCUAAAGACACUUGCACCAAUAAUUGCUGUUUCUAUGUUAAAAUGUCGUUGUUCAUUUAAGACGGUUUGAUUUAGUAUUUGAUCUAGAAGCGGCUGUUUAAAACUUGUUUACUUGAAACACACUCUGGCUUUUUAUUUACAAAAUAUAUAUAGGUUCACUUAUAGAAAUUCAGUCUUUCGGUCUGAAUUCAAAUUACUUUCUUUAAUCUUUUAUAAUUGAUAUCUAAUGUGCACAUACUGUACUUGAAUAUGUCCAAGGACAUGGACGCCAUGGGUGUUAUCAUCUGAGCACAAACUCAAAGUUGGGGGGGCGGGGGCAGGCGGGGGGGGGGACUGGUACGUUGAGGAGAUACUAGUUGACCCACACUACUCUGUAUAGCUACAACUAGUUUACACAUCCUCUGGUUGUUUAUCUGUAUAUAGCACACAAAGUAUUCUCUAUGUAUGUAUAAAUAUAUAGGUUUGGUUUCCAACAUGCGAGGGCUUGUAGGUAGCGUUCCUGUAGGUUUCUUGCAUGAUCGCCCCAAUAUUACCAGGCCAGUUUUCUUCAAUUUGCCUAAAGCUGUUGUUUGUUCCAACGCCUUCCAAGCCGUUGGACUGCGUGAGUAACCUCCACCUGCAUGCUCCCGGUCCUAACCAAGCUCUGCCCCACAGCUGCUUUGUUUUAAUGUAGAUCGUUACUGGAGGAAAGCAUGCUGGGAGUCAUUGUUCUAUAUUUUCUUGAUUAAUUGCCUUCAAUGUCACCAAGUGCCAGGCUAUAACCAGAGGCCUCUGCAUUGUCUGUCCUGGCUCAGGGUAAACCUGGCCAUGUUUAUGAUUGUAAAGAAACUAAUGACUGACUGGAUAACUGGCCAACACUGACAUUUAAGCGCCACACUUUCUUUUGGUGUUCUAAGCUCCAGUUUCUUUCCCCUUGCUAACGGUGCAGCCUUUACCACUUUAUUUUUUAAACCAGCAAAUAAAAAACAAGUGAACAUCCUUUAAAGGAAUGCUGGUCAGACCCCAUGACCUGUGGUUCCAUAUAUUCUAUUGAUUUGGUUCUCUCUUUUUUCCCCCUGCAGCUAAGGCCAAGUAAGCCCUCCUCUCAUCUUAUGUUCCUUCCAGGACCUGAGAGGGUCUGUUUUCUUAUUUUCUUCGGUCAUGCAUUUGUGUUGAGAGGAACAAAACAUAUCCCCAGACCUGGCUGUCAAUUAAGAAAAUUCUAUAAAUGGCAAUUAUUUUAUUUUUAUAAAUCCUACAUGUUUUGAUUUUAACCAGUUGAUCUCAUGUCCCCAGUCUUUUCAAUAAGCAUGUGAAGCCGUUAAGACUCUUUCAAUCUAGGGGACUGUUCUCAUCCUUCAAUGGUUGAUGUACACUGAACAACAUUCUGGGAUGUCCUGAAACAUCAGCCAUUCAUUUGACCAGCUCUCCAUUGAUGUAUAAUGUAGGCAAAUAGUAAAAACACUACUUGUUCAUGUAGUACAAACGAGGCUAAACAUGACAACGGUCAUCUUUCCUAAGGAAAUACUUUACAUCGGUCCUAAUUUAAUAUAAUUGUAGAGAGACUGUGCUUUCCACUGAGAUGUGAAGUGUCCGAGGUAGAUUCCUGCUAUUUGAAAAGCUUAAGGGUGCAGUGUUGUAUACAUUAACAUGAGAAAGGCCUUCUAUUUCCAUCUUGGCCGAACUGCUGUGCUGUGAUAUCAGAAAUGGAAAUUGUACAGGAUCACAAACUGUGGUUUCAGGUAAAUAAAUCGUAUACAGAA